AUGGCACCGAAGGGUAAGAGGCUGAAAUCGAUACCGAAACAACCUGAUCAAAAUGACAAUGAAAUUCGUCUUCCAUCAGAUCGAGAAGUUGCUCUACGAGCGAAAUUCGAACAAAAACAACACGAUUUAACAGAAUUUAAGACGCGUGUGUACAAAGCCGAAGAACAACACAAGUGGCUCGAUCAAGAAGCCCAUCGACUUCGAAUAGAAACGAGUGAAUAUAAACAAUUUAUUUUGAAAAAGAAAAAUCUUCGCGAGACACAAAUGGUGACACUAAGUGAUUAUCAUAAAGAAGAGAUUGAAAAUAUCAAUCAAUGUAGAGACGACAUGACGGAAAAGUAUCUUCAAAGGAAAAAAGAAUUACAAAUGCAAUUGAUCGAAAAAUCGAAAUUAUUACGGAAUGCUCAACGAGAAUUGGAUGAUAUGGAAGGAUAUAGAAUCAUCCGUGAACAACAAAGUGAUGAAAUAAAACUAUUGGAACAUGAAGUGAAGCAAAUGCGUGCUGAGCAAGUUCAUGAAAUUGAUCGUUUUAAAUCAGAUUUUCGAAAAGAAGUUGAACAAAAUCAAAUAUUCGAAGAGAUUCAACUCGCCGAAUUCGAAGAACAAGCAAAAUUAGAAGUCGAAAAAUAUCUUUACGAACGAACAAUAAAUAUUCAAAAUGAAAAUACUGAAUUGAGGAAAAAACUACAAAGUAUUUUAAAAAGACAAGAAGAAUUAAACAAACUAAGAAAUAAAUUAGAAGAAGAGCAAUUGCAUUUAAUCGUUCAAUUGAAAUUAACUACUGAUUUAAAGAAAAUACGUCUUGAUAAGACGUCUGGCAAUCUUCCAAAGAAGUUUCUUCGUUAUCAUUAA